AUGACUCGACCCAGUGCCGCUGGAGGGGCGUUGCUCGAUCCGGCGUUUGACGAUGACGAGCAUCCGCUGCGACACGAACACCAAUUGCAAGGCGACGCGUAUGGCGAGCAUGACCCUGACCAAUCCUUUGACGAGCUGGGCGUCGAUGGCUUUGGUGGACACUUCUCACACCACGACGCACUGGGUGAUCAGCUUGGUCCGGGGUUUGGAUCGAUGCUCGAUACACUUGGUGGUGGGGACGAUGGACUCCUUGUUGAACGAUUCGACGAUGACGACCGCGACCGAAGCUACGUCGAGGAUGACGAUGAUGAGCUCGAACGGACCAGCACCACCACACCAGGAGAUCCCGCAGCAAGUCCAAGUCCACGAUUUCGUUCCAUGAACCAUCAUCGAACGCCCUCACGCUCGCACGCCAAUGGGAUCGUCCAGGACGAUGGGCACCUCUCGCUCGCGUUUGAGCUCGCUUCGGCGCAAUCGCCUGCUCGAGCGUCGAAUGACCGCGACUUGAUGAGGCAGCUGGGAUUCGAUGAGGAGGAUCAAGUCGGGGACGAUCACGAAUCAAAUGAGGACACACAGAGUCACGAUCGCAGCUUCGACGACCAAGAUGAGCAUCACGGCGCACUACAGGCCGAGGCCGAGGACGUCCUUCCUCGCUCGACCUCGAACUCACCCGAGCAUCCUUCCUCGCCCAGUCGACAAUCGACCCUCGGUCGUCGAUCAAUCAUUUCAAGAUCGAAUAACCACAUGUCAAGAGCUUCCAUCGCUUCCUUUGCGACCGUGCUCGAUCCCCAUCCCGACCCAAUCGACCUUGAAGCCGUCCUGGCCGAAGCGAGCGAGCAAGUCAACGAGUCGAAUCUGAUCGUCACGAGCUUUUUGAACCAUCUCAAGAGGCAUACCACGAACGAGGUCACACCUGAACAUGAAGACGACAAGGAAGACCUCUGGAUCGAUCGACAACCCGUCAUCGAGGUACUCGCCAAUACUCUACUUCGCUCGUUGCAUGAACGGACGAAAACAUGUCAGAGUCAAUGGAGGGAAUUGGCCGAGAUCGAGCGCGCUUUCGCCAAGAAUGAUGUCGGUUGGCAAGCGACUUUGGGUCGAUUGGACGAUAUCUUGUGGAAUUCUGAUGAGGAGGAGGAGGAGGAGGAGGAGGAAGGGCAGGAGGAAGGUGAUUGUUCAGAGGAGAGAAAACAGGACGGCGCCUUGACCUCGAUACCACCGACGAUCCCCGAUUCAGAACCGAACGGCCCCACUCCGCUUCCACCUCCGCGCCGCGCAGAACACAGACCUCCUCAGAUCUCACCGACCACGACGGCAGUUGAAGAAUUGACGACCUUGCGCAACGUCACCGCCUCCCUCACGGACUCGCUCUCGUCCGUGCACGAGAUGACCCAAGUCAAUCACGCCGCGGCGGGGGAUACCUCGCGCAAAUUACGAGCUCUGCGGGCGCAAGCGACGACACUGCGUGAUGAAUUGAACGCUUGGGAACGGGCGGAGGAGUUCGUUGCGCAUCGGGAGGAGGAGAAGGCGAAUGGAGGCAGCUUGAGUGGGAGGGAGAAGAUCGCUUCAUUGGCGAGGGAGGAGAUGAGAGAGGCUGAGACACUGUUGAAUGAGGCGUGGGAGAAGGCGAGGAGCAUGUUAUGCGUGCGAUGA